CCGCGACCCCCAGAACCGCGAAGUCACGCUGCACGGCAUCAACUGUGCCGCUGAUGCCAAGUGUCCCGCCACUCCCUACCAACCUUCGCAUGUAGCCGAAAACUUCUUUGACGGCGACAACGUGUCCUUUGUAAACCGGCCCUUCUCCCUGCAGGAUGCGGCCACGCACUUCUCGCGGCUGCGGAGUUGGGGCUACAACACCAUACGCUACAUCUUCACAUGGGAGGCCAUAGAGCACGCGGGGCCAGGCCAAUACGACGAAGAGUGGAUAGACCACACCAUUGCCGUGCUGCGAAAGGCCAAAGAGUAUGGCUUCUAUAUCUUCAUGGAUCCCCACCAGGAUGUCGUAGGUCGCAUUCAUUCCAAUGCAUUCGCAGUCGCCCCCACCCUAAUGUGUGACGCAGUGGUCCCGAUUCUCUGGAGGCUCGGGCGCACCCAUGUGGACGCUGUACGCCUGUGGCCUGGAUCCCGAGAACUUCGCCGUGACGGAGGCGGCCGUGGUGCACAACACAUACCCUGACCCAGCCGCAUUUCCCAAGAUGAUCUGGACGACCAACUACAUGCGUCUGGUGUGCCAGGUCAUGUACACGCUCUUCUUUGGUGGCCGAGACUUUGCGCCCAAGGCCAUUAUUGACGGCAAGAAUAUCCAGGACUACCUGCAGGAGCACUUUAUAGGCGCAUGCGAGCAUCUUGCGGGGCGGAUCCAAGAGGCGGGCGACCUGUGGCACGACCCCAUUGUCGGGUGGGAGAGCAUGAACGAGCCCAACCGAGGCCUCAUCAGCUACCAGGACAUCACGCAGAUUCCGAGCGAGCAAAAGCUCCAGAAGGGCACAUCACCAACAGCCUGGCAGGCAAUACUUACCGGAUCAGGCAGAGCUUGCGAAAUCGCGACGUGGGAGUUUGGCGGCUUGGGUCCUUAUAAGAGCGGAUCCGUCCUGGUCGAUCCGCAGGGCACGUUGGCAUGGCUGUCGAAAGAUUACGACGACACCAAGUAUGGCUGGAAGCGCGACCCUGGGUGGCGGCUGGGUGAAUGCUUGUGGGCGCAGCACGGUGUAUGGGACCCCAAGACCGACACGGUGCUGAAAAAGGACUACUUUGGCAUUGACCCCAAGAACGGCGCCAAGAUCGACUAUGAGUACUUUACCAACCACUACUGGCUACCGCAUUAUCGCGCCUACAGCAGCAUGGUCAAGUCCAUCUUCCCAGACUCGCUCAUGUUCUUCCAGCCUCCCGUGCUGGAGAUACCUCCCAGCAUCAAGGGCACCGAGGACGACGACCCCAACAUGAUCUUUGCGCCUCAUUUCUACGACGGCAUUACGCUCAUUACGAAGAAAUGGAACCGGGUGUGGAACGUGGACGUUUUCGGCGUGCUGCGAGGAAAGUACCUGACGCCGGCAUUUGCCAUCAAGAUUGGAGAGACGGCGAUUCGAAACUGCUUCUCGCACCAGCUCAAGGCGAUCCGCGACGAGGGCACUCAGUACACGGGAGUGCACCCGUGCAUCUUCACCGAGAUUGGCAUCCCCUACGACAUGGAUGACAAGUAUGCGUACAAGACGGGCAACUACAGCAGUCAGAUAGCAGCGCUGGACGCCAACCAUUUCGCACUCGAGGACAGUAUGGCCAAUGGGUUUGCGCUGUGGACCUAUGUUGUCAAUAACGGCCACUACUGGGGCGACUCGUGGAACGGCGAGGACCUCUCCAUUUUUUCCUUGGACGACAAGGCGGUGCCAGCACGCGCCUUUUCGCCCGAGGAGUCGCGGGCAUCCGUCGACACGAACUCGCCGACAUUCUCGAGGGCGCAGUCGACGGACACGCUCAGCGUCAACCCGAGCAACUUGCAAAAGACGAUUUCGGCGGAGCGGAUGAGUUCGAGGCGGAAUGAUGGCGAGGGCGAUGUGGCGGGCCUGCGUGCGGCCGAAGCCUUUAUUCGCCCGACGCCGGUUGCGGUGCACGGCGACAUUUCCUCGUAUGGAUUCGACCUCAAGAACUGCACAUUCAAGCUGGCGCUGUCGGCGCCGAGCUCAACGGCGGAAGACGCGCCGACCGUGUGCUACGUGCCCGAGUUCCACUUCCCGUCGGGCCAGACGAGCGUCGAGGUCAGCGGGGGCAAAUGGACCAUGACGUGCGAGGAGACGAAUGGGGCGCUGCAGCAGAUACUGCGAUGGUGGCAUGCCGAGGGCGACCAGUCGAUCGUGGUCAAGGGCGUGGUGCGGAAGGCGGGGAGCGCGCUGGGCACGGACGAGGAUGAAGGGUACUUGCAGCAGUGCCAGAAGCAGGCGUGCGCUGUCAUGUAGGCGAGGCGAGGCGAGGCGAGGUGCGGUGCAGUGUGGUGCAGUGUGGUGCAGUGUGGUGCAGUGUGGUGCAGUGUGGUGUGGUGUGGUGUGGUGCGUGAAGGAUGGCGAUGCCGGGGCGUGGUGUUGCGGGGGAGGGGCGAGCUGGUCGCUGGCCGCUGGGGGCCAAUGCGCAGUGAUGCAAUGUCAUGCGACGCUCAGGUCACGCACAUGAUCCGAUUCUGCGAAAGCGAAUACGGACGCGGAUGAUUUUUUCUUGUAUAUGGCCAGGUGUUUGGGAGAUGCUGG